AAACCCGAGCUGCGCUACGUGUGGAAAAGUAUCUGAGAGCAAUACAAAACGUAUUGUUCUUCCACAGAGGAGGUUUUUUUUUCGUUUCCUGGAUCUAGUGCAGGGCUCACUCGAAUAAAAAGGAACUCGAAGAAAAUGCCACGAAUAUCCAGAAUCUCGAUUCCCGCGGGAAUCCUCCUGCUUAUCAGCCUGAUGAUAAGUGUAGACGGCCUUGUGAAAGAGGGGGAUUACCAGAACUCCGUGUACCAACAGAAUCUGGAGUCCAACUCGGCAACAGGCGCAACGGCUUCCUUUCCGUUCCUAAUGCCCAAAGUUUCGCCGCAAACCCCCGAUCUGUACUUGUGCACGCCCAUCAAAGUCGAUCCCACCACCACCUACUACAUAGUUGGCUUCAAUCCCAAUGCCACCAUGAACACGGCCCACCACAUGCUGCUCUACGGAUGCGGAGAGCCCGGAACCACGAAGACCACUUGGAACUGCGGCGAGAUGAACCGAGCUUCCCAGGAGGAGUCGGCCAGUCCCUGCGGACCCCAUUCCCAUUCCCAGAUCAUAUAUGCUUGGGCUAGAGACGCCCAGAAGCUGAAUUUGCCGGAAGGAGUGGGUUUCAAGGUGGGCAGAAACUCGCCCACCAAAUACUUGGUGUUGCAGGUGCAUUAUGCCCACAUUGAUAAAUUCAAAGAUGGCUCCACUGACGAUUCAGGAGUGUUCUUGGACUACACAGAAGAGCCCCGUAAGAAGUUGGCUGGCACACUGCUGCUGGGCACAGACGGUCAGAUUCCGGCCAUGAAAACGGAGCACCUGGAAACCGCUUGCGAGGUGAACGAGAAAAAGGUGCUGCAUCCCUUCGCCUACCGCGUGCACACCCACGGCCUGGGAAAGGUGGUGUCUGGCUACAGGGUCAGGACCAAUAGCGAGGGAAAACAGGAGUGGCUGGAGCUGGGCAAGAGGGAUCCCCUCACGCCGCAGAUGUUCUACAACAUCAGCAACAGGGACCCCAUCUACGAGGGCGAUAAGAUUGCCGUGCGGUGUACUCUGCAGAGUACUCGUCAUCGAAUAACCAAAGUCGGUCCCACGAACGAAGAUGAGAUGUGCAACUUCUACCUCAUGUACUACGUGGACCAGGGCGAAACGCUAAACAUGAAGUUCUGCUUCAGCCAGGGCGCUCCCUACUACUACUGGUCCAACCCCGACACUGGCCUACACAACAUCCCACAUAUCGAGGCGAGCACCUUGUAAUCUGGCCGGCGGGAGCCGUGAAAUCAGCUGCGGAAAGCGAAACGAAUGUAUACUACCUUGUUGUCUGGAUUAUUUUAUCGUUUACCACCAUUGUCGAUGAUGGCUUAGCCCCAUUCUGUAUCCUAUUCUGUUGGCCACCAAUAGUUUGUGUAAAAUAUUUGUGCGUGUAAAUAAACAUAUGUAGAUAAUUCGCGAGAA